CUUCUCUUCCCUUUCUUCUGGUUGGUUUUUGAGGUUAAACCAUUUUGUGUUAUCUUUGGAAAAAAAAAAAGGCUCUGGUUUUUUUUGGAAGGUAUUGGAACAAAGGCAAGCCAUGGCAGAUUUUGAUGAAAAACAAGUAUUGUGGUCAUGUGAGAAGGAAAAUGAAGAUUCAAGCCCUACACAAAGGAUGGUCAAACGAGUUAGCAACUCAACCAAGGGAGUGAGUCAACAACAAUCAUCAGCACCAGUGAGUAUCCCUGAUUGGUCUAAGAUAUAUGGCAAGCACCAUGCAAACAAAGAUGAUGAUAAUAACGGUAUGGAUGAUGGUAUGGUUUAUGAUGGUGAUGAUGAUGAUGAGAUGGUGCCACCACAUGAAUGGUUAGCUAAGAAGCUAACAAGGUCUCAAAUUUCUUCUUUUUCAGUAUGUGAAGGUGUGGGAAGGAAACUUAAAGGUAGAGAUCUCAGCAAAGUGAGGAAUGCAGUGUUGACAAAAACAGGCUUCCUUGAGUAAAAUUAAUGUCAUUUACACACACAUAGUGAAAUCAUCAAUAGUUUCAUUUGCAUUAUACAAACAUUUCAUAUAAUAUGCUAUAAUCACCAUCAUCAUCAUCAUCAUCAUCAUCAUCUUCAUUGUUCUUUUGGGUCCCAUAAUGUAACCCUUCUUUUGCUUUUUAUCAGCUUUUUUACCCAUAUUACUAUCAUGUUGUAGGCCAUGUAGUGAACUUGGAAGAACAAUAAAAUUACUCUCUUUUUAUUUA